AUGCUGACCCAAGCGCUCUUGCCGCUUCUCGUCAUGGCCUCUGCCGGCUUGACGUACUACAGCGCCGUCGCUCCGACAUAUGCUUCGUGGGAAGAAGACUGGAUGGGCGCGGCCGAGGCUUCGCCGUCCAACACGAACGUGACGUGGUUUGACGACGGCGACGUCUACCGCUACCAGUUUACCAAGUAUGGCGAGAAGAAGACGUAUUGCUUCUACCCGAACGCGACGCUGAGCUUCCGCAUGGAGCCAUUGACGAGCCCGUCGCAGCCAUACGUUGUCCAGUGGCUUGGACAAUACGAAGAAGCGCGCAUCGUUGCUGAUAUGGCCGCUGCCUACAUCACGCAGCUCCAGGAACUCGUGCCGCCGAUCCGUUCGUUCCUCUGGACAUGGAGCGACCUGCGCAUCAAGCUCACGAGUAAAGCGCGCGACCAGCUUCAACUGUCGUACACGAGUCCCAUCUCGACGCCGUGCCAAAUUUACGAAAACCUCGACCUUACACCGUAUUUGCAAGAACACGUUUCGGAAAAGCUGCAGUACAUCCUGAACCUGUUCGGCCAAUAUAUCGCGUCGUACUGCGAGGGCUGUCGUGGCGGCUGUGAGCUGCCCUGCGACAGCUCGACCGACGAAUGCUUUAUCAAGAAGAGUCCGUAUGAGUUUCCUUGCAUCACGGUGCACGGCCCGACGUCGGGUAUCCUGCUCGCCAACGCCCAAGUCAAGUUUACGCUCGAGACCAAGGCCUAUGUCGACUUGGCGUUUGCGCAGAACCUGCUGCUCGGGCUCCUUGUCUACUUUUCGUCCGAGACGCUGGCGACGUACCGCGUCUUCCACUACGCGCUGGGCGCGGCCAUUGGCAUUGUGUGCUCGAUUGCGCUCCUCUUGUACCAAAUGUACAAGCAGGCGCAAAACACUGCGCGCUUGCUGCCCGGCGGCAGCUUUCUCCAAAGCGCGUCGCUGUUUACGACGAUGGCGUUUCCUGUGACCGGCCUCGUGCUGCUCCCGACCAUCUACCGCGCCAUGCGCUACGCGCUCGACUUGCUCUUUCAGUUUUGGCUCAGUGAGAGCGUCAUGGGCGUCCCGCACCUCGGGAAGCUCUACUUCUUCUUUUUCGGGCUCAUGGGCUGCAUCAUGGUGUGGUGGUUCCAGUGGUGGGCGCCCGGCGAGGCGGCGCUCGCGACGAUUACGACCAUGGACACGAACCCCGACAAGCACGACGACGACGACGUCCUGGACGAUAUUCGUCGCAUGGAGCUCGAGGAUUUGGCGCUGCCGAGUUCGCAGCAGCACCUUGCGUACUGCCUCCAGGCGUUUGGCGUGAUGCUGCUUCUGCAGAGCACGUCGUCGACGAGCAUGUCGUGCGUGGUGGUGCUCUUGGCGCUCCUCUCGUCGGUGCUCCAAGCCUUGUACAAGGUGCUCUACUUUUGGUACUACUCGGAGACGCCGGGCACGUACACGACGCUCAUCUCCACGGACGAGUUUGCCGUCCAGGCCCAGACAGAAACGCAAAAGGCGCUCCGAGAGCUGGAGUUGUACCUCCAGACGCACAAGGAAGCGGCGCUCAAGGUCAAGAGUCGCAACGUGAACAACGUCAAGGCCUUCCGCAAGGGCCGCGACCACCUCGCGGAAGACCUCCCGGAGAAGAACAGCCCCAACCACUUGACGCGGUCGUCGUGGUUGCGCUGUGCGAUUCAAGGCAAGAAGAAGAAGGCGGGCAACGAGGCCGGCGAAUAUCCUUUCUGCCUGCCCUUCCUCUCUCGUAUUGCAUUCGAAUGUGGGUUCCUGAGCCAAAAGGAGGCCGAGGCCCAGCUCCGCGAAGAAGCCAAGCUCAUCGACCGCCUCACGCGCGAAAACCAGAUCAAACACGAGCAGCUCCAAGCGAUGGAAGUCGCGCUCGCCAACGAAAUCGAAAAGCACGAGGCCAUCGUGCAAGUCAUGAAGGACAAGGAAGUGACGCAGAAGCAAGAGACCGACCACCUCAUCGAGGUGCUCAAUGCUAAGCUCUGUGACUACCAAGUGCGCAUGGAAGCUUGCUGCACGCUGGACGCGGCCAACGCGACGUUGCGAUCGCGCGUCGACGAGCUUGUGCAAGAACUCGCCGAUGAAAACAAGAUUCACGUAGAAGAGAUUCAUGCUAUGCGCCUCGACAUGUUCAAUCACAAGAUGGCACUCGAGCAGACGUUUCGGAAAUCACUCCAAGAACUCGAUGCGCAGUACCUCAAGAAGGCCUACAACGCGAUGGCCGAGGAGAGCAAGAAUGCGCUGGUCGCGAACGCCAAGCUCAAAGACGAGCUUCAGAUGCAGAGCAUUGGUGUUGAGAACCUCAUGCUCCGCUUCAAAGCCCAAGCCGAUCAAUUUCACAAAAUGAAAGUUGAAAAUGAAAUUUUGGAAAAAGGCAGCUCGUUGCGGCUCAAAGAGAUUUCAAGCCUCAAGACAGCACAACUUGCGGCCGACAAGAAAGCCGCAAAAGCUCUUCUCGAGUUGACUGAGAAAACACAAGAAACAACCAGUCAAUUCACCAUGACAAUCGAGGAGAUCAAGCAAGAGAACCGGCAGCUCAAAGUGCAGCUCGAAAUCGCACAGAAACGUUGUGGCAAGUGGAAGACGCGCUGCCGCCUCGCCAUGACGACGGCUCUACCCCCGGAGAGCGGCGGGGACUUCGCCGACGAUUUACCGGUUCUCUCGUUGACGCCGGCACGUCGCCGGAGCUCGCUUCAAACGCGAGCGAUGGAAGCGCCCAUGAGCUUUGAUCCGCGGGAGAUAUGGAGUGCGUCAAUGGCCGCCUUAUCGCCGGUCCCCGACGGGUUGCGACCGCUGGACCGCUGUGCGACCGCGCCCAUACCAACGCGCCAUGACGUGCUAACGUCCCUCAACGGCGCGUUGAGUACACCGUCGCUGCGGUCGCUCACAAAGCUCAAGCCGGCGCAGUCCCAAAAGCUCUUACGUAGCGUACUAUGA